AUGCUCUACCUCGCGGUAUACCUCCGCGCCGUUCCGCUCAGCCAUGUCCUCUUCGUCUGUGUCACAGCUGGGUAUGCCUCCCUUGCCAAUUACUUUGUUCUGCGCGACAGCAACAGUUUCCCUGCGGCGCCGCUUCGACCACGCUCGCUCUCCCCGACCAAGAACUCAACACGCCUGCUCUUUCCGUUUACCUUAUUUCUCUCCCUGGUCGGCCCCGCCGUGCUGCUGACCAUCAGCCCCGCGACAAGUCAGAGACCUUCGCAGCUGCAACAAGUGAUUGCCCCGCAUCUGUUCCUCAUGUUAUCGCAAAUUGUCAUGGAGACAAUCGGCUUUCUGUUAUUUAACUCCUACGUAUUGUAUGUCAGACUAGGGGUUACCAUCGCGAUGGUCUCGUACAGACUGCGCGUCAUUGUCACAUGGUAUCACAUGGCUGUUGCGUGGACUCGGAGCGUCGAGGCUAGUAAGGUGCUUCCUUUUGUCCCUUCGCUUGUUCAAGCCACUGCUGUGCUGAAUUUGGUCUUCUGGUCGUUUUCAUUGUUAUGCUACCUUCUGCUUUAUUGUCUGCCGGCUGUUUGUCGCGAGCCAAACGUUUCGGACGAGCACCAGAAAGUUCGUUGCAGUGUACCAGGGCGACCACUUUAAUACCUUUACUACUAAAGGAAAGGCAUGCAGUGCGGCAGAAU